GCGGCCGCAACGACACAAACCUCGCCAUGGCAGCUUCCGAGAUAGACACGAAGAAACGGAAGCGCAAGCACCGAGGCAGCAAGCACGAAGCCACGGAGAAGUCGACGCUGGAUGAAGCAGUCUCCGAUUCAACCCCGACCACUACCGCGGCACCACCAAGAGAGAAGCCGCGCAAGAAGGUAAAGAAGCAGGCCACGCCACGAUCAGAGCCAGAGCAAGAUUUUCAAAUUCGCAAAGAGCUGGAAGAUAGUGAACUGCUUCGUGCCCUCCCAGGCGACGAAUCAAACAACGAAGCUGCGGAGACCAAAUCGUCCCAGAUACUUCGCAACGCCCCUUUGGAACAAGGCGAGCAUGAAACUGCCCCUGCUGUCGACUCUCUAGCUGAAGAGCAAGGUGCCUUGCCUACUCUUGCCGCCGACCCCGAGCACUUUUCAGAGCUUCAUCUUAACGACAAAACAAUGCAGGCGAUCAAUGACAUGGGCUUCAAGACUAUGACGGAGAUACAGAGACGUGGAAUACCUCCGUUAAUGGCUGGCAAAGAUGUUCUGGGCGCGGCGAAAACGGGGUCCGGAAAAACGCUUGCUUUUCUCAUUCCGGCUGUGGAGAUGCUAAGCGCUCUGAGAUUCAAACCAAGAAAUGGCACAGGGGUCAUUAUCGUUUCGCCGACAAGAGAGCUUGCCCUUCAGAUAUUUGGCGUUGCCAGAGAAAUACUUGCACAUCACUCUCAGACGUACGGUAUCGUGAUUGGAGGAGCCAAUAGGCGUGCUGAAGCUGAGAAGCUAGCGAAAGGUGUAAAUCUUCUCGUUGCUACUCCUGGGCGCCUGCUCGACCAUCUACUGAACACCCCUGGAUUCGUAUACAAAAAUCUCAAGUCUCUGGUAAUUGAUGAAGCCGACCGGAUCCUGGAAGUAGGCUUUGAGGACGAAAUGAGACAGAUCGUAAAGAUCUUGCCGAAAAACGAUCGUCAGACGAUGCUUUUCUCCGCGACGCAGACGACGAAGGUUGAGGAUUUGGCAAGGAUCUCGCUGAGACCAGGUCCAAUAUUGAUUGAUGUCGAUUAUCGAAAAGAGCACAGUACUGUCGAGGGCCUUGAGCAAGGCUACGUUAUCUGCGACUCCGACAUCAGAUUCCGCCUGCUUUUCUCGUUCCUCAAGAAGCACCAAAAGAAAAAGGUCAUAGUAUUCUUCAGCUCUUGCAACAGUGUCAAAUUCUACGCAGAGUUGCUGAACUACAUUGACCUCCCUGUCUUGGAACUUCACGGCAAUAUGAAGCAGCAGGCGAGAACUAACCGGUUUUUCGAGUUCUGCAAUGCGUCAUCAGGUAUUCUCAUCUGCACUGACGUCGCGGCUCGAGGACUCGAUAUCCCGGAGGUCCAUUGGAUUCUUCAGUUUGACCCUCCGGAUGACCCACGAGAUUAUAUUCACCGAGUCGGGCGUACUGCGCGGGGUGCCAAUGGGAAAGGACGCUCCCUCAUGUUCCUGCUCCCCUCCGAGGUGGGUUUCCUGAAGCUGUUGAAGGAAGCAAGGGUGCCGCUCGUCGAGUUUGAGCUUCCAGCAAGCAAAAUUCUCAACAUUCAGUCGCAGCUUGAGACACUAAUCGGAAAGAACUACUAUCUCAACAAGUCUGCUAAAGAUGCCUUUCGUUCAUACCUGAAUGCGUAUGCCUCGCACAGCCUCCGGUCUGUGUUCGACGUCAGCAAACUAGAUCUUGUCAAGCUUGCGAAAUCGUUCGGCUUCCAGACUCCGCCCAGGGUGGAUAUUACCUUGGGUGCAAGCUUAGGUAGAGAUAAGAAAACAGAGAGCAGACGGGCGUAUGGGAGUCAACCGAAGCAAGGCAAACGGCCAAUGUACCAGAAGUUAGAGAGGUGAGGAAAGAGCUAGUGUACUAGCACCAAACGAGGAAAGACACAGGACCAGGAAACUUACCAGCGGUGUGUCUCGAAUGUUGAUAUCUAAAGACAACGGCGGAGCUGGUUCUUACAUCUUGGGCUGCUCUUCAAGUACGCGGAAUCAGAUUCUGGUACUCAUAUUACAUGUAUACAUUACACGCAGACCAGUAGAUUCUUACCUGCUAUUCGCCCCAUUUCUAUCUUGUGAAAUUUCAUGAGUGGAGCUACGUAAAAGGAGUGAUUUUUAUAUAUACGUAAAUAAAGUGAAAGCGGAGAUAUCCC